AUGGCUGGCCGGCCACGUAUCGACCUUACCCCUUUUCAAUCUAUUAUUACUGAAAAGUUCCAGAAUGGCUGGACUUAUUCUAAUAUAAUUACAUAUCUUUCCGAAUCAUUCCAAAUUCAGGUCUCUCCGUCAACAUUUAAACGUUUCCUACAAAGCUUAAACCUCCGCCGCGAAGUCCGUACAGAAUUUUCCAGCGCCUUACUACAACGUAUCUUCCAGCUCUUCUUUGAUCAUAGGCUAUCCGAUUUAGAUAUUCUUUUAUGCUUACGGACGGAAGGCUUCACAGUCUCACAACGUGGCUUAGAAGAUAUUCGAAAAUGCCACAAACUAUGGCGCCGUCAAACCCCCGAGCAGCUUCAAGCAGCAUUUCACCAAGCUGUAAACUUCCUUGCCUCUACAACAAGUGAUGAAGCACGCGUUACACGAGACUUUGGCCGAGAAUUCCUCUUUACAUAUAUGCGCCAACGUGGCCAUAUUAUUAGCCGCUCGGUCUUAUAUGAAGCAUAUCGUACAGUUUUUCCCGAGGAAGUUGCAAACCGACUGAAAGAGAUCCGAUACCGGCGGAAAGGUUGGACUACGCCAGGUCCAAACUUUAUAUGGUCACUCGAUGCAUAUGAUAAACUACUUCCGUUUGGGUUUGAGAUAUAUGCUAGCAUCGAUGCAUACUCCCGUUAUAUUGUGUGGUUUUACGUUGGGUUUUCUGCACAUACGGCCCGUUCUGUAUUAGCCCAAUAUCUAUCUACACUUCUAUCACGGGGUAUUAUGCCACAAACUAUUCGUUCAGACCGUGGUACAGAAACUAUCUUAACUGCUGGUAGUCAUUGGUAUCUAUCACAGGACCGUACAAAGAAGGCCCCUUUACAGCCAGGCUGUUACGACCCGUCAGAU